AUAAAGAUAUAUUCGGGAAGUUUAAGUCACACUGUAUGGUAUUUUAAGAAUCAGCCAGCGCCCCAGAAUAAACCAGUCCGACUGGAGCUUUUACGAAAGGCAGGGUGUAGCCAAACCAGAACCGCAAUACGGACGCAUAUGUCAUUUGUAAAACACGCACUUGCUUUGAGCACUUGCUACUUCUUACAUGUUGUGCUUUUUCAACUGGAAUAACAGGAUUUCAGUGUUUUUUAAAAGAAAUCCCCGUGUUAGCAGGCUGCAGUUUGUCACAUCACCACGGAUGCUAGUGAAGAUUUCAAGCUGGACUGGUUAUAGUGGGACAUACAUCUGUGUGCUGUCUGCUUUGAUGAUGGUGUGUGUGCUGGUUCCUCUCGUCUUGACUGCCCUCUUGACUGAGACAUCUGCCUCACUGUCACCCUCAUUAGGCACGGAGCAGGCCUCUCCAUGCCCACCUCGGUGGCUCCUGUUCGGGCAGAGAUGCUUCACUUUCUACCCUGUGUGGAGCUCCUGGAGCACUGCCAAUGAUAUGUGCUCUCAGACAGGUGGUAACCUGGCGUCGCUUCACACAACAGAGGAGAGAGAGUUUGUCCGUCAGAUGGCAAGCACACUCACACCUGUGUGGCUGGGUGGAUACCAGGCACAACAGAAUGGCUCUUGGCUGUGGAUCGACGACUCCCCAUUCAGGAGCAGUGGUUGGACCAAUCAGACGCAGGGAAAGACCAGAGAGGGCGGGGCUUGCAUGCAAAUGGAUCCAAAAAGUGGAGACCUGCACAGCGCCCCCUGUGGAGAGCUCAGGUUCUACAUCUGCUCCACCAGAGCCAGUUCUGAAGUCUUCCCCAAGAACAGGAAACCAGCUGACCCAGGCAUCAUCCCCAAUGCGAGUCUGUUUGAUGUUGUGUGGGGUUACAGCGACUUGUUGGCGGAGGAGAUUCGCCACUCGUCCUCCUUCCUCAAAGAGCUCCGGUCCGGUCACCUGACGCCUUUCUGCUACACCAGCUUCAUGCAGCAGGAGGCCCUCUAUCUGCACAGAGUCAGCAGCACACUGGAGGCCCUGAUAAGUACUUUACAGGAAGCAGACGACAUGAGAGCAAUGCUGCUGCACACGCUUAAACACUACAGCAGCAGAAACCAGAGCCUCCUCACUUCGCCUCCCCCACAGUGGCUCCGCUCCUCCCUGCAGUCUUUCCAUUCGGUGGUUUUGGAAGAACCGGUCCUAUUGGCUGGUGGCCUUGUCGGCCCGGGCCUGCCUCCGUGACUUCCUCUUCUCGGAGUUCAAGCCUGGUACCCCGCUGGUGUCUGAGGAUAAAGCCGGCAGCCUCUACCAGCAGUGGAGCGAGGAGAGUCUGAAGGAGGUCGCCUGGACACACAGGUACAGAAAGGUGUUAGAGGAACACCAGGAUCAGAUGGACGUGUUUAAAGCCAUAAACAUCUUCAGAGAGCACAUGAUGAACCAGAAGAGUUUCUACAAGGCUGUGGCCUGCGAUGUAGAGGAAAAUAGAUGAUGAGAGGAGGAAGGCGGGAUGGGGCUGCUGAUG